AGCGUGGUGAACCGGCUGCAGCGCUGGGCGAGGGGGGGCAGGAAGUGGAGAACUGCGGCGCCCACCCGGUGCCAGAAUCAGGAGUAAGUCUUAGGAUGUGAUGCUUUCCUGUGAAGCCUUAGAUAAAAGGAUCUGGGAACCAAAGGACUCUAGGGCAUGCCGUGCCAAUAGAGCUUCUUGAGAAUUCAGAAUCUGCUCUACCUCUCUUCCUUUGUAUUGCCUUUGAAUAUUACACUUCAAUGUGAAGUGACAAGGCUUAAAAAUUCUACAUACAACCCAAAGAAAUCUGUUCAAGUGGACAUCUGUCAACAGGUAACUUGAAUUUCCAUCAGAACAGCGGAAAUGCCACCUCCGCCCACCUCUCCGCCCCUCCACAGCCCUCCCGAUGGAGGCUGGGGCUGGGUUGUGGUUGGAGCAUCUUUCAUCUGCAUUGGAUUUUCAUAUGCCUUUCCCAAGGCGGUCACAGUAUUUUUCAAAGACAUUCAGGGAAUCUUCCAUGCCUCCUACAGCGAGAUCGCGUGGAUCUCGUCCAUCAUGCUGGCCGUUAUGUACGCAGGAGGUCCCAUCAGUAGUAUUUUGGUGAAUAAAUAUGGCAGCCGGCCAGUGGUGAUAGUUGGAGGUUUAUUAUGCUGUUUGGGAAUGGUGCUGGCUUCCUUCUGUAACAGUGUAAUACAGCUUUACCUCACCGUGGGCUUCAUCGGAGGUUUAGGUUUAGCCUUCAACCUGCAACCGGCCUUGACAAUAAUUGGCAAAUAUUUCUAUAUGAAACGACCUAUUGCAAAUGGGCUGGCCAUGGCCGGAAGUCCUGUUUUCUUAAGUACAUUGGCUCCUUUCAAUCAGUUCCUUUCUAAUACUUACGGUUGGAAAGGCGGCUUCUUGAUUUUAGCAGCUAUAUUUUUGCAUGCCUGUGUGGCUGGGGCUCUCAUGAGGCCUAUUGGCCCCAAACAAACUAAGCCCCAAAAUAAGACUGACAUAAGCAAAGAAGAUCCGAGUAUGCAGAAGACCAAAACAAAGAAAUCAGCAAGCGAAAAAAUCAAUAAAUACUUAGACUUAUCCCUGUUCAAGCACCGAGGAUUUUUGAUAUAUUUAUCUGGAAAUGUUAUUAUGUUUCUGGGAUUUUUUGCUCCCGUUAUCUUCUUGGCUCCCUAUGCGAAAGACAGGGGAAUAGAUGAGUACUCAGCUGCAUUUCUGCUGUCUGUGAUGGCUUUUGUGGAUAUGUUUGCUCGUCCUCUUGGAGGGUUGAUUGCAAACUCCAAAUUGGUCCGACCCCGGAUCCAGUACUUCUUAAGUUUAGCGGUCAUGUUCAACGGCUUAUGCCACCUCCUGUGCCCUCUGGCCCAGUCCUACACCACGCUAGUGCUCUAUGCCGUGUUUUUUGGCUACGGAUUUGGAAGUGUUAGUAGCGUUCUCUUUGAAACUCUCAUGGACCUCGUGGGUGCGACCAAGUUUUCCAGUGCUGUGGGACUAACCACCAUUAUAGAAUGUGGCCCAGUUCUGCUUGGCCCUCCUAUUGCUGGUAAGUUGGUGGAUAUAACUGGAGACUAUAAAUACAUGUAUAUAGCCAGCGGUGCCAUCGUGUUAAUUGCAAGCUUAUGGCUACUCAUUGGCAAUGCCAUCAACUACAGACUUCUUGAUAAGGAAAGGAAGAAGGAACUGGAAAGGAAGAAGACAAAUACUCCUGAGUCCCGAGAGACUGAGCCCUUGAGCAAAGCUCCACAAGAUGAAGUUACCGUCAAAAUAUCCAAACCAGGGAAUGUUCUGCCAGAAAGAGAAACUAAUAUCUAAUAAGAAUCACCUCUCUGAUUUUUCUGUUUAUAGGAGUUUGUUUUUCUUUUUUAAACUAUUGGAAAGAUUUUUUUUGCAUGUGUGGAAACAGGAGUCACAAGAACAGAAUGACAACUAUAAAUUAAAAAAAAUACUUGGGCAGUUCAGUUUUGAGAUUAUCUACACAAAGAAUUCAUGAAGUGCAUCAUUGCCAUUCCUUGAUGCACGAUGUGGCAGUUAAAAGAAGAAUUUGAACAUCUUUCAGUAAUUUCCAUUGCUGGUUAUAGAAAGAUCUGGAUCCAAAACUCCUGGGCAAUUAGUUCAAAUUAGGUUUAAUCUCAUAUAAUAAACCUCUUCACAGUUCAGUUUUUAGUUGACAUAAAAAAUGUGAAAUAGAAUUGAGAGGAAUUAUUUCUUUCAUCACACACACACACACACGCACACGCACGCAUGCACACACCC